CGACAUUAUUCAUUUUCGCUCGAUAUCUAUGAUCUUUUCUUCUCCCCGGAUUUUCACCUGAUUGUACCAGCACAGUUUCAUCCCCACCAAACCGAAUGUUGAUACCGGCACUUUAACCGUAUGCCUGCAUCGUGGACAGAAUGCGAGGGUGGGGCAGAGACAUCAGGGCCCAAACGACGGAGGAUUUCCCUAGCCUGUAGUGCAUGCAGAGCUAGAAAGUCACGUUGCGAUGGUGCGAGGCCAAAGUGUUCGGCAUGCAACGAGCUGAGCUUCGAUUGCGUGUACAUUCAAUCAGCAUCGAGUUCAAAUGUAAUUGUUGGAAAGGAAUACCUUACUAGCCUUGAAGAACGGCUGAAAGCUGCGGAGGAGAAUAUAUUAUCUCUCCAAACAUCUCAGUCUCGACAACAGCAGCAUUUGCGCUUCGAAGACGUUGACGAACUUGUACCGAACGAUGCCCAUGGUGGAAAUACAAAUAAGGAGUUAUUACCUCUUACCGAUAAUACCCGACCUGCUGAUGGGUCAGAGGCUACUCAUGUCAUCACUCUAGAGGAUGAAACCAAUGAGCUGGGAACUGUCAUUUUCAGCGUCGAAGAGAAUUGUGGCUUUUUUGGACCAUCAUCAAAUAUUGCCCUCAACCGUCACGUGUCUCGUGCUGUCUUAAGGCUCUCUCGGACCCACCAAACCUUCUCCAAUACUACUGAUAACGAAAGCCAAAGACUGCAUGCAGAGAUGGGAAUCAUGAGCGCCUCAAGGCCAUCAUCCCCCAGCCCUCGCUCUCUUAGACUAGCAAACAGUACUGGAGACGAAACCGCUGUCAACAUAUACAGGCUUCCAACCGAAGAGCGAACUUGUGAGCUUAUUUCUCGCUAUUUCAGCGAUACUGGACUUCUCUUUCCCUAUAUCCACGAAGAGACCUUUUGGGAAUCGUACAACGAAAUGAAAAGCAGCAAUUUCACACGAACAAGAAGAUCGUGGCUGGGCUUGCUUAACAUUAUUAUGGCAUUAGCAACCAGUACAACCAUUGACACAGGCUCUAGCGCGGAAGAGAGGCUUCGAGAGUGUGAUAUUUACUACCAAAGAGCGAUGGGAUUAUGUGAAAAGCAGAUGAUGCGCGGUACUAGUUUUGAAAUUGUACAAUUUCUUCUCGUUAUGGGCCAGUACCUUCAAGGUACUCAAAGGUCGGUAGAAACCUGGUCAAUUCAUGGUCUCGCUGUCAAAGCUGCCAUGCAGCUUGGCUUACAUUGCCCCAAAGUGUCGGGACAUCUCUCUCCACUAAUGCAGGAGUACAGAAAGCGAACAUGGUAUGGGUGUGUAGUACUUGACCGUACACUUAGCAUGACCUUCGGAAGGCCAUCAGCAAUCCCAGGCGACUAUGUAGUGCUCGACCUUCCGUGCAAUGUUGGGAUGAGCAAUCCACCGGGCGUGAUUGCCCCAAGAACAGAGGCCAGCUUGGGCUUUUUCAACGCGACUAUCACACUAUACAUGAUAAUGUGGAACGUGAUACAAACGGCUUAUGGCAGCAACCUCGGUUCUGAGAGUAAUGUUGGGGUCGUUGAGAGGAUCACUCGUAUCUUUCCCAUAGAACAGCAGCUCGUGGACUGGAAAAGACGUCUUCCGCCGACGCUGGCUUUACAGCAAGCAGCUAACGUUGCUCCCUCCCCAUCUGUGAUGGUCGAUUCCCAGGAUUUCUUCCUUGAAAAAUUUCGUGUUAUUCUUACACUACGACACCAUAACCUACGAGUUCUUCUUCACCGUCCUAUUCUCGUUAGCUUUCUUGACCUGGCGGGAAAUAAUUCGCCGCAGGACGAUCCGGAAACCUCUAGAUAUCUGGAACAGUUUGGCGGUAACAGCGUCCAAAUAUGUGUCCAAUCCUCCAUUGAGAUUAUCUCACUCAUUAGCACAAUUGUAGCCUCUACAGGCCUACGCCGAACCUGGCUGGGAGCCUGGUGGUUCACCUUAUACUACACCUUUAAUGCUGCUCUCGUACUCUUCGCAGCCCUGCUUGUUGUGCAAAGUCAGCACUCCGGUUCGACGGGUGGGAUUCCGCUACUGGUAUCACCAGCGGAGAUGCACCGUGCUAUGUUGGAAGCGAGCGUUGUACUACGUCGCCUCGACACAGAGAAUCGAACGAUUAAGAAGUGUGCUGAGUAUGUUGAAAAGUUGAUUGAGAUAUUUAAAACACUGGCAGCAACAUCGAACUCAUUCAUGCCUCUCCCGCUCAAUCUAGACCCUUUAUCCAGUGAAAAAUUUCACUUUGGCAAUAACGGUAACGAAACGUUCGCAUGUCUUCCCGACCCUAGCGUUUCUAACACGUCGCCGUUGGGUAUGGAACUCGGAGAAUUUAUUCUAGAAGAGGAUCUAGAGUUUAUAAAUCAGCUGUUUUCUUUAGGUGCGACGACAGGAAAUACACCAAGAUCGGUAUCAAGAGCGGCACCAGAAAUGGCGCCAGGGCUUGAUUUAAGGCUGGCUGCUGCAAGCCCUACCAUAAAUGGUGAAUAAUUAGGGACAGCAUAUCAUUGUUGAAUGCCAUCGUCCCCCCUGCACCACCUAUAGGCCUCGCGCUACCUGGGUCUUGAGUCAAGCUUCCACCCUUAUAAAAUUCAAAACUCGCUCACGCGAUUUUUUUUAUCAACAUCGUGCACGACAAAGCUCCUGUUCCUGACGAACGUGGUGGCACAGCGGCACAGAGGGGAUGGAAGAUGUUGUGGCUUCGAUAAUUUCCGCGGGAUUGGUGCAAAAAUGCCUUCGAUAAGGGAUCGCAAGCGGCAUUGUGGAGACAGGUACUGUUAGACGCAGCAUCUAGAUCUCGCCGUGUUAACCCCUCCCCUUUGUUACUUAUGCUGUCGUUUGCUCCUUCCUGUCGUUGCUCCUUCUUGCCACUACCCUAACCUCCUUCUUGCCGGCGCCUAACGAUGUCUCUGCUUCUAUACCUACACAUUGACGUCCCAACCUAUCACCCCUUAUAUUGUGCCAAACUCAAAGAACAAUCACAUACGACCAUAGACUCAAGAGAAUUGGGCAUUUCUGCCGGAGAUGGUCGCUGAAUGCAACAACUUUGAGACUUCUGUUGAUGGAAACUUGAUAACCAAUUGCUGUAUCGCGUGAACGGUUCUGAGGCCAAUGCUGCUUUUAUCUGACAACACCACCGCACGAAACGGCCAAACGUACACGGCCAUCGCAAAACGGGAAGAUGUACGAGCUAGCGCUUUGCAAGGUAGACAACUACUGUAGUAAGUAUUACAAUUAUCGUAUAAAGUCCUCUGUUUUCCAAUGUUGGAAGUCGUCUUUCCAAAUCCCGGAAACGGUAAAUCGGCUGUCUAGAAGUUGAUUGUCCAGAGAGGUGUCAGUCAGUUGGAUUAUCACGUUAUCACGUGGACUUGGAUAUCAUCCUUGUCUGUUGGUGGGAGGACCGGAAUACGGGGACCACACACGAAUUCUACAGAUCAAUUGAAUUACAACCUAAUCUACGG